UCGUUCGAUUAAUAUAAGAAUAGAUCAGUCUGUGCAGCAAAAGGAUCGAUCGAGUUUGGAUCAAUGUCAGUAGUGGGGUGAAGAGAUUCGAGAAAUCUAUUUGGAGACUUAUUGCGGCGGCGCGCAAUAAGAAUCAGUUAGCUAUUAGCAAGGUGAGCCGUGAAGCUAAAAAGGUGAAGCAUCCACUUUAGAACGAGAACGAGUGUCUGAUUGAGCAGAAUCUGUUCAACGUACCUGUGACCUGGUGUGACCGCGGAUUAACCCAGCUGCAGUGUAUACCAGCUCUUUGUGCGCAUUCUGUUCACUUUCGGCACUAGAAUAUCGACGCGAAUUUUGCGAAUUUUCUCAUUCAAUCUCGAACGGGAUGCAGGCGGCGGAUGAUCCCCUCUGCCGGGAACCUUUAGUAUCCGUCGAGUUUGAAGUUUUUGGAAAAGUGCAGGGUGUAUAUUUUCCAAAGUACGUGAGGGAUAUAUGCUUGCAAUUGAAAAUCUGUGGUUGGGUGAAAAAUAGUAAAACUGGCACGAUCCUUGGAAAGAUGCAAGGACCUCGAGCGCUUGUCGAUCAGAUGGCACAGUGGUUGACAUCAGUGGGCAGUCCAGGCAGUGAGAUACAUCACUGCGAAUUUACAAAUUGGGAAACUGUUACAAAGCAGCAAUAUCAAGGUUUCAUGAUUCGUUUCUAAGAAUAUAUCGCAUAGUUGAACAUGUAUGUUUAAAUUCUAAUAUUAAUGCACACUAAUUUGAUUUGCACGUGGUAUACCAUUGUGCUAAAAAAUUCCAUAACAUCUGGAACAGUUGUGCGAUAAUUGUACAAAAUAUUUUAUUUGACACUUUACGUACGAUUCGGUUGAAACAUAGUAUUUUUUUAUGUAUUUUUAACAAAUUAUACAUCUCUUACAAAAAUUUUCAAAACAUGAUUAUUUAUAAGGAUACAUAGUCGAGAUAAAUGUUACAUUCGAUAAUUACAAUGUUAAUUAGAACAUUUAUAAUUUAAAUUCAAUGACAACUCAAUGUAGAUUCUUAAAAAUUUAUACACAUAUACUAUAUGUGCGCGCACGCGUGUAUAUGUACAAUAGAAACGUAAAGCGCUAGAUAUAUAUUAUAUGUGCAUUACGAACGAGGUUAAUUAACACUUUCUGUAUCGCGCUAUUUUUAAAUGAUUUGACUAUCAUGCCGUGUGGAUCACUAGUAUUUUUGUUUGCAUUUGUUAUAUUUCUUAAAUAACAUAUAUUUCAUAAUUGUUAAAAAAAUGGCAA